AUGGCGCGCCGCGACCCAGAGGUGGCAGCCAUGGUGCGCGCUCUGGGCCCUGGAAUGAGGGACAUCCUGACCUUUCGAGGGGUGUCGGAGUUGACCAUUAGAAGCUCCAAGUUCACCGCCUGGUCGUGGCCGAUGAUUGAAUCGAGGCUGUGCGUGACGCACCGCGGCGCGCCCGUCAGCCUGGCGUGUCGCCAGGCGCUGGCGACAGCCGUCAGCGAGAUGGUCAAGCAUUCGCAUGGCCUCACCAGGCUGCUGGCAGCCGUGGCUGCCGCUGACCUGGGCGAGCAUCCUGUUCCCUACUCCCCCAUCAGCCAGUUGGCGUCGAUACUGAACACCAUGUCUGUGGUGGUUCAGGCUGCCGGGGCGCUGAGGGCCGCGCUGCCGGCAGCGCAGCUGCGCGUGCUGGCAGGCAUGCUGGGGCGUGUCCAUUGCUGCACCACGGAGCAGCUGCUGCGGCUGCCGCCGACUGCAGACCAGGAAUUCCGCAUGGCGCUGGUCAUGGCUGCUCAAGCCCUGGCCCAGUGCUCCAACCACACAGUCUUGAUAGCGCAGCUGGUUGAGCACACCGCACUGGCAGGCUGGUUGCUGGAGGGCGCGGCGGCGCCGCCAGCCCUGGUGCGAGCCGCCUGCGCCGCUGCCAGGCACCUGGUGCCAGACGCGACUGCGGACACGCCACCUGGCGCCAGCGCACCAGCGGGUGCACCGCCGGUCGACCCUACCUCCCUAACAUUGAUCGCCACCGUCAUGAAUCGCGUGGAUGAGCUUGGAAUGGCCAAAGAGAUAGGGCCCCAGCUGCCGCCUGCCGAGCUGCCAGCGCUGAGGGCAGCGGCCGCCAGCCUGCACCUGCACGCCACCAGCGCAGCGCUGGCUGAGCUGAAGGCGGCAGAGGCAGAGGCGUGUGGGGAGGCGGAGCCACGCCUGGAACCGUCGCGCUGCGAGCAGCUGCAUGUGCAGCGGCGCCACCGGCUGGCGGCGGCGCCGCCGCCGGACAGCGAGCAGGAGGCCAAUGCCGCCCUGCUGCUGUACACAGUGGCGUGGUGGACAGUCCACCUGCUGCAGCUCAUGCUGCCAUCCCAGGGGUCGACGAUAGCAGCAGGCGCGCAGCCACACCUGGCAGCAUCGCCUCCAGACCAGUCCCCUGCUGAGCCUGGCAGCGGCGACGCUGCCCCUGUGCUUGAUGCGGCAGUCGAGGGCCUGGCACAGGCUGCCGCCGCGCUGUGCGCGCUGUGCCAAAGGCUGCCGCAUGCGGCGGCAGCAGGCGCGGCUGCAGCUGCAGCUGAGGAGGAGGCUGCAGCUGAGGAGGAGGUCGAGACGCCCUUUGAGUUCAUUAUGCUGGCUGGCCAGCUUGAACAGGCAGCAACGCUGCUGGGACGAUGCCUGCGCAGGCAGCCCCCCGCCGCCUUUGCUGCAACCAGCAGCCGCACGCGCGACCUGGCUUCGGCGGUGGCGGCGCUGAUGGCUGCGAAGGGGCAGCUGUGGAGGUGCCGGCGGGAGCUGCAGGUCGCAGGCGGAGCGCAGGGCGAGGUCGGACAGUUGGAUGCAGCGAUGGCGCAGGGCGGCCAUGCUGCGCUGACCCUGAUGCGCCUCCUGAACGACACCGGCCAGGAAUGGAGCCUGGAGCUGUCGCGCCGCCUGCUGCCGGCCGCGGCACCACAGCCCGUGCUGCCUGCGGAGGAAGCGGCGCAGCAGGCGGAGCAGGGCUUCCGCCAGCUGCUGCCGCUGGGCGUGCUGGGGGGCAAGUGGGCGCACGCGCUGGCCGCGCGGCCCGGCGGGCCGGCUGGGCAGGAGGCGGCCCCGCCGCUGGCCGUGGACUUGACCAAGGGAGCGCUGCUGCUGUGCGCCCACCUGGACUCCUCUGGCUACGGCCUGCUGCAUGCGCUGCUAGGCAGCGGUGCUGCUCUCAGCGGUGCUGGUCUCGCCCUGGCAAGGUGCUUGCACUGCAUGAGGCUGACAGCGCAGGCGGGCGCAGCCACCUUCAGCCAGCUGGCAGGCGCCGAUGCUAGGGCGAAGGGCGUGGUGGCAGAGGCGGUGGACCAGAUGGCUCAGCGGGCUGGCAUCGUCGAGGCAGAGGCGGGUCCUGACCCCGCCCCAGCCACCGCCGCAGACGCGGCGGGCCCAGCGCUGGCGGCAGACGCUCGUGCGGCGCAGGCGCUGGCGCUGCGCUCCUGCGCCAACCUGGCCUGCACCAGCCUGGCGGCGGCCAGCGAGGAGGAGGCGUGGCGGGCCAGCAAGAAGUGCGGCGCCUGCCGGCAGGUGCGGUACUGCACGCAGUCCUGCUGCAAGCAGGACUGGCGGGCCCACAAGCGGGUGUGCGCCUUGCUGGCGGCAGAGGCGAAAGCGGCGGCGGCGGCGGGGAGGCAGGGUGGGAAGUGA